CGCGGGGGGGCGGGGCUCCGGCGCAGCGGGCUCCGGCGCCCCUGGCUCCGGACCCAGCUACCGUAGGCCGGGGGAUGAGCGCUGGAUCCGACCCCUGGAGGCAUGGAAGCGGACGGCAUGACCGACUCGCUCCUUUCUGGAGCUUGCGUGCUCUUCACCCUCGGCAUGUUCUCCGCAGGCCUCUCGGACCUCAGACACAUGCGGAUGACCCGGAGCGUGGACAAUGUCCAGUUCCUGCCCUUUCUCGCCACGGAUAUCAAGUGAGAGGGCGACUGCUGUGCAACCUGAGCUGGCUGAGUUACGGGGCCUUGAAAGGAGACGGGACCCUAAUCAUCGUCAACUCCGUGGGUGCUAUGCUUCAGACCCUGUAUAUCUUGGUGUAUCUACACUACUGCCCUCGGAAGCGUGGCGUGCUCCUACAGACUGCAACCCUGCUGGGGGUCCUUCUCCUGGGUUUUGGCUACUUUUGGCUCCUGGUGGCUGACCCUGAGGCCAGGCUUCAGUCGCUGGGUCUCUUCUGCAGUGUCUUCACCAUCAGUAUGUACCUCUCACCACUGGCUGACUUGGCCAAGGUCAUUAAGACUAAAUCAACCCAAAGUUUCUCCCUCUCACUCACCAUUGCCACCUUCCUCGCCUCUGCCUCCUGGACCCUCUAUGGCUUUCGACUCAAAGAUCCCUACAUCAUGGUGCCCAACUUUCCGGGAAUUGUCACCAGCUUCAUUCGCCUCUGGCUUUUCUGGAAGUACUCCCACAAGCAAGACAGGAACUCUCAGCUCCUACAAACCUGAGGCAGUUCACAUGACCACUGGCCACCUCAAGGCCAACCUGUUACCAAAGAGAGCUCCUUGUUUCAGCUGUUCCUGCUGACCAGAUCCACGGGUGCAACGGGUUUGGGGACAGAAAGAGACAACUUUGAGAAUCGAGGGACCAAAGAAAGAGCUUUACUUAGAAGAUAUGGGUGGGACUUGAGAGAUGAAUCACUUUUAUUUUUUCAAGAUUAUAUUUUUUAAUUUUGGAGGUUGGGGUGAAAUCUUUAGAAUGUGCCUUAAAAUAAACUGUUUCCUACCCGUGCC